AACCCUUAACAGUCGACAAUAAAAUGGAUAAUAAAUUAAUAUUGUUAGUAGCCGUUCUCAGUGUGUUUCGGUGUCAUGUUAUGGGCAUACCUCUUACUUUCGGUAUUUUUAAAGGAAUAUUCAAUGAUCCUACUACCGAUACCGAUGAUGAUUCAGAAAUAGUUGAAGUUGUUUCUAAUGAACUUGCCGAAAAUAACGAUGCAAAUUUAAUUGAUCUAAGUGUUUAUGGACGAUCUUUAUAUGGUCAACCGGAUUUUAAUAAAACGGGUAAUUUAGUGGCUGAGUUUAAACCGAAUAAAACCUCAUUAAAUCCCGAGGAAUUGGGUUCCUAUUUGGAAGGUGAUAUUUUAAUGCCACAAAGUUCGUUUAUACUUAAGAAUGGUUUGACUUCAAAAACUUCUCGUUGGCCUGAUGGUGAAGUACCUUUCGAAAUUGCGGGCGCUUUUACCAAAGAGGAAUUAGAUAUAAUAGCCUUUGCUAUAGAUGAAUAUCAUGCCAAAACCUGUAUACGUUUUAUACCCCGCACUAUGGAGUCUGAUUAUAUUUCCAUAGUUAGAGGCAAUUCGGGCUGUUGGUCUUCAAUUGGUCGUGUGGGUGGUAAGCAAGAAGUAAAUCUACAAACUCCUGGCUGUCUAACAAAACCUGGUACCGCUAUCCAUGAACUAAUGCAUGCUUUGGGUUUCUUGCAUGAACAAAAUCGUAAAGAACGCGAUUCAUAUGUGGCCAUCCAAUUGCAAAAUGUACAAAGGAUGGCUGUGGCUAAUUUUCAAAGGAUGCCAAAUACGAUUGCCUUUGGAGUGGGCUACGAUUAUGGUAGUGUGAUGCACUAUUCUCCUAAUGCUUUCUCAAGCAAUGGCCAACCUACGAUAGUGGCUAAGAAACCCGAAGGAAGAUAUGCCAUGGGUCAACGUGAUGGAUUUUCACCUAUGGAUGUGGAAAAAGUCAAUCGUAUGUAUAGAUGUAAAGCAAAUCCCAAACCAGAAGAGCCCCCUAUAGAACUACCCAAACGAGUACAAUCGCGUUUUCCUUUCGCCCAAGGUUUUACUAAUAAUCGCUUGGGAACGUUUAUUGGCAAUAUUUUUACGGGGUUUAAUAGAUUAGGCUAAUGCAGUGGAUUAAGUAAAUUAGUGAAGUAUGUUUUAAAUCAAUCAUUCAUUACAU